AUGGUGCGUCUCAAAAGUAGGUAUAUCUUAUUUGAAGUGCUGUAUCCAACAGAUCUGCAAGACGACAUCUCUUCUGAGCGAUCCAGAAAAGACAUCCUACUGCAACAUCACAAGGCUAGUUCAGCUCAAAUAAGUACCAAGUCAAUCGUUCAAGAGCUGAGGAGAGCACUUCAGUAUAACUUUGGCGACUAUGGAGCUGGAAGGGUCAACUCUUUACUGCAAAUGAAAUACUUUUCGAACCGAACCUCGACUGGAAUCAUAAGAUGCGGUCGAGAGGACUACGAAUUGGUGGUAGUGGCACUCACACUCAUGAAUAAGAUCGAUGCGAUUGAAGGAAUAAUACUCAACCCCGUUAAAGUCAGUGGCACCAUUAAACGAAUCGAGCAACACGCUAUAAGAAGAAACGAAAGAGUGCUGGCUGUGAUCCAAAAUAAUAGAGAAGGCGAACACUUUAAAAAUGUGAGCGAAGAUGAUGCUCAAGACUAG